CUACCCCGAUGCGUGUGCACAGACACUUGCGCAUGCACACACAGAGGCGGACUGCAAUAUAUGGGAACUGGUUCUUUACAACCCUAAACGUCUAAAUGAUGGCUCACUCUUCCAAUGAGGAGAUCCAGACCUCACUCGCUAUCCUCUUGCUGCAUUCUCUGGAGGAGCUCACUGAAGAUGAGCUGACUAAGAUUAAAUAUAACCUGAUUUACCUGGCAUAUGAAAAGUAUCAGCGCAUUCCCAGGGGUCAGGUGGAGAAACUGGACAGAAUGGGCAUUGCCGACAUGAUGAUACGUUCCUAUGGUGAAGUUGAUGCUCUCAAUGUUAUUAUUCACAUCCUGAAGAAGAUGAACCUGAAUGAUCUUGCUCAGAGACUGAGUAAAGACCUGCAGAAGGACACUAUCAUGUCAGAAAGACCAAAGCCCUCCAGUGCCCAAGGAGGAAAAGGAGGGAGAGGAGAGGAGGAAGAACGGAAAAAAGACAGAGGGGAGCUCAUGUCCAGCACAAUGAAAUAUAACCUGAAGCAGAACUGUGAGUGUGUAUUUGAAGGGAAAGCUAAGGAAGGACAGCCAACACUUCUCAAAGAGAUUUACACAGAACUCUACAUAACUGAAGGGGGAGCUGGAGGAGGCAAUGAUGAACAUGAAGUGAGACAGAUUGAAAUGGCAUCCAAGAAAAGGCAAACAGAAGAUACUACAGUCAAGUGCAAUGAUAUAUUUAAACCCUUAUGUGGGCGUAAGACACCUAUCAGAACUGUACUCACUAAAGGGGUUGCAGGUAUUGGGAAAACAGUCUCUGUGCAGAAAUUUAUUCUCGACUGGGCAGAAGGAAAAGCAAACCAGGACAUUCACUUCAUAGUUGCUCUUCCUUUCCGGGACCUGAAUUUGAUUAAGGAUGAAUACAGUCUGACUGAACUGCUUCACCACUUUGCCCCUGAUCUGAAAUCAUUUGAAUCCAAUGAGCUGUUUAGGUACAAAGUCUUGUUCAUCUUUGAUGGUCUGGAUGAGUGUCGCCUUCCUCUAGAUUUUCAGAACAAUGAGAGCUGGUUUGAUGUAACAAAGAAAACGUCACUGGAUGUGCUGUUGACUAACCUCAUUAAGGGGAAUCUGCUUCGAUCCGCUCUCCUCUGGAUAACCUCCCGGCCUGCAGCAGCCAAUCAAAUACCUCCUAAUUGUGUCCACCAGGUGACAGAGAUACGAGGGUUCAGUGAUGCACAGAAGGAGGAGUAUUUCAGGAAGAGAUUUAGUGAUCAGAGACUGGCCAGCAGGAUUUUCACACAUGUGAAAUCAUCAAGGAGCCUCUUCAUCAUGUGCCACAUUCCUGUGUUCUGCUGGAUUUCAGCCACUGUUCUUGAUUGUCUUUUUAGUGAGUCUGACAGGGGAGAAAUUCCAAGGACUCUGACUGAAAUGUACACACACUUCCUGAUCUUUCAGACAAGAUUUAACAGUGAGAAGUAUAUGAAAGAGUAUAAAACCAAACCUAAUAAAUGCUUUGAAUCCGGCAAGGAAUUGCUUUUAAAACUUGGUGAACUGGCUUUUCAUAACCUUGAGAAAGGCAACCUCAUAUUUUAUGAGCAAGAUCUGACAGAGAAUAACAUUGAUGUCACUGAAGCUUCAGUUUACUCUGGAGUGUGCACAGAAGUCUUUAAAGAGGAAUAUAGGUUGUAUCGGGAUAAGGUGUACUGCUUUGUGCAUCUGAGCAUCCAGGAGUAUCUCGCUGCUUUAUAUGUGUUUCUGUCAGACUCCUCAGCUGACCUGCUGGAGACUGCAGUGGAUCAGGCAUUAGAGAGCAAGAAUGGACACUUGGACCUCUACCUCCGCUUCCUCCUGGGCCUCUCAACAGACUGCAGUAAGACACUGUUAAAAAGGCUACUGGGACAGACAGGAACCAGCUCACAUAACAUUAAGAAAAUAACUAAAUAUAUCAAGGAGCAAAUACGAGAGGAUUUAUCUCCAGAAAGGACCAUCAACCUGUUCCACUGUCUGAAUGAACUGGGUGACAAUUCUCUAGUAGAGGAGGGACAAAGAUACCUGAAUUCAGGAAGCCUUUCAGCAGAAGACCUCUCACCUGCACAGUACUCAGCUCUGGCCUUUGUGUUACUGAUGUCAGAUGAGGAGCUGGAUGUGUUUGAUCUGAAGAAAUUUUACAGACCAUAUAAAGAGCACUGCAGGCUGCUGCCUGUGGUCAGGAACUCCAAGACAGCUCUGCUGAACAGCUGUGAUCUCAGAGAUAAACAUUGUGAAGUGUUGACUUCAGCUCUAAGAUCAAACUCUUCCCCCCUGAGAAAGUUUGACCUGAGUGACAAUGACCUGCAGGAUUCAGGAGUGAAGUUGCUCUCUGCUGCACUGGGGGAUUCACACUGCAAACUGGGGAUUCUGACGCUGUCAGGUUGUAGAGUCACAGAAGAAGGCUGUUCCUCCCUGGCUUCAGCUCUGAGGUCAAACCCCUCACACAUGAGAGAGCUGGAUCUGAGCUACAAUCACCCAGGAGACUCAGGAGUGAAGCUGCUCUCUGCUGUACUGGAGGAUCCCAGCUGUAAACUGGAGAAGCUGCAGGUGAGCCGGUGUGAACUCACAGAGAAAUGCUGUGAGGUGCUGGCUUCAGCUCUCAGAUCAAACUCCUCACCCCUGAGAGAGCUGGACCUGAGUGACAAUGACCUGCAGGAUUCCGGAGUGAAGCUGCUCUCUGCUGGACUACGGGACUUACACUGUAAGCUGGAGAUACUGAGAUUACGCAUGUAUGAGAGUGUCUGCGACAGGGUACGGGUGUUUGAGAGCGUCUGUUACGGGGUACGUGUGUAUGAGAGCGUCUGUUACGGAGUACGUGUGUAUGAGAGCAUCUGCGGCAGGGGGGCGCCACUGCAGGCACCGCCAGCACGUAGCCAGCAGGAGGCACCGCAGCAGCAACUGCUCCAGCAGGAGCCUCGUGUGCGGCAGCAGGAGGCGCAGCAGCAGAGCCCUCGUUGGGCGGUACGACAGCCGCCGGAACAAGUGAGACAGGCAGGUCAGGCACGGGCAGAUCAGGAACGACGGGGGCGUCACCCUAUUAGCCAGGCGUGCUGCCCGGAAGUGGUACGCAGCUAG